AUGACAGAUCGUCCAUCCCAUCUACGCUCACUCUUCCAGAAUGACUGGCUCAGUUUUGACACCUCGCAAAAUGAGAACAAAGCGCAGGGAAAAGUCUCCACACACUUCUCGCGUCUCGUGAGGCCUCGUCUGCAGAGUCUAAUCCCCCCAAAGGAUGAGGUGAUCGAGAUUGCAGGAUCCUCAUUUGAUUGGCUGACCAUGCUACAUACCCUUUUACCGCAACCCUGCACAGUUGUCUCACAGCAAGAUCUCGUCGUCAGGUACGAGGAGAUGUGUAGUCCUGAUGUGAACAUCCUUACUCUGGCAUCGUGGCUCCUAGCGCUGGCGAUCAUGGCCCAACAACUUCCGCAACAGACCGAAAAUCGCGAAGAUCAGCUCAGGAAAUGCCAGAAGCGGUCUGACCUUUGUCGCAAAAUUAUAAAUACCAUGGAGAGUACGCUAUUGUGCCAUGAUCGAUUGCUUGCAACGGGAGAAGGACUUGCAAUGGCCGUACAUUUUGCCCGACUUCACCUCGGGCUAGGAAACUUACAGAAGUCGUGGUUGACAAUACGGCGGCUCAUCGCCAUUGCAGAACUGAUGGGCUUGCCUCGAAUACAUCAGGCAGUUCGGCUCGACAAGAUCAGCGGAACCGAUGACCAGCAUUCUUACCGCAUGGCCCAACUUUGGGAAUUGCUCUGCAACAUUGAGAGACUGUCCGGAAUGAUUUUGAAUCUCCCACCUGACACUCGGCGCUACCAACCCUCACCCAGUCUACGACUUAUCGUCGACGGCGUUGUUCAGCCUGACAUAUAUGUCACGAAGUUGCUGCAUAUCGCCGUUCGAAUACACGAGAUAGAUGAAUCUAGUGCCAUUCAGGGACCCGCACCAGAACUCCACAUGACUGCUCUGGAGAUGGCUCGGGACCUGGGCACCCUUGCUGCUCAGACGCCUAGCACAUGGUGGCUUGUCAACGAGGCAUCCCCGGUCACCGCCACCCACCUAGUACAGUUCUUUCACUAUACAAUCUUGAUGAGAGUAUACAUUCCUAUGGCAUUGCGUCAAGAUUCGCGAGAGGAGUAUCUAUACAGUCGGCUACCAUGCAUGGACGCUUGCGCUGCCGUGGCAAGGCGCUAUAUCUUCCUCAGACGCAAACUGCCUCCAGGUGUGUUCGUCGGACGAGUAAUAGACUUGCAGGCUUUCACAGCUACAGCGGUUCUCUUGCUCUUGUCCCGCAACACCUUCCCGACGGACCGGCGUAGCUUUCAUGUCGACACCAGUCAAAUUCAGGGCGUGAUUGCCGAAGUAAUCAAGAUUAUGGGGCAAAGAUCCAAGGACCCCACGGGCUUUGAGUUUGCUGAACAAGCCUUUGAUACGCUCUGUGCCCUUAAUCGGCUUCUACGACAGGAAGAAAAUACUGCCUCUGAGCAGACACUGACCUUGCAAGUUCCUCUACUCGGGAGGCUGCACAUCCGUCGCAAUGUGAAGUCCACACAGUCGACUGCGACCAACGUGAAAGCGUCGUCCCCGUUGGCUCCUUCUUCUCAAGCUCAGAGUCAAGUCGAUAUGUCCGCCUCCUUCCUACAGGGUCCGGUCGGCUAUCAAAUGCCCACUGUCAUGGACGGCGCGACUGCUGUCCCAAAUGGAUGGGGAUGGAACGACUUUUCCUGGUCUAUCGAAGAUACCCAUGAGAGCCUAUUCAAUGAUGCUUUCAUGGGCGACAGUAUGGAACAGGCUGCUUUGUGGUAUAAUACACCUAAUAAUUCACUUUCCACGUGGAAUAUGUUCAAUAUAUUCUGA